GUACUACCUCCACCAACAUCUCUAAAACCUUAAGGUCCAUCAGCACUGAAAGUGGUGCUGCUGUGAGAGGGGAGCACAGUGGAAAACUCAGAGUAGGGCUGGUGGAGGUUGCUGAAUCACUGGGAAUUGCAGGAAUACUCAGUGGAGAAGGGAAGACGCGAGGUGCAGACUCUUGUUCACAAUGUCUAACGAAAAUGGUUAGUGAGCAAGUGCCUGUGGAGACACUGGGACAGAAACGGUUACCUGAGAGCUCAGGGGAGGAACUGCUGCCAUCAGCCAAAAGGACCAAGUUAGAGGACGUAAUGGAUGAUGUGAAUAACGCUUACAGCAGCCAAGAAGUGAAAGAAAAGAGUGUCAAUUCAUGUGCACUGUUUGAAAAAGAUGGUUUUAAUCCAUUAAAUGGAGAAAUGCUGCUUUCGGAGGACAGGCACAUCGCUUGCUGUGCAACUGGAAGCACGCUACCAACAGCAGAGGAAGAUAAUUCAGGAGUUGGAAUCAACGCUGACAAUUCAGGUACUUUCUCCCAGACUGUGAAAAUGAGGACAGAAUAUUCCCAACCUGUGAAUGUGCAGGGACCAGGGAUGGCAGGUGAGGCGUCUCUGCUGCACACUGAAGUUGUGCUGCCCGCUGAAGCAGAUGCCUCACCCGAGUUAGUCCAAGCGCACUUUGUGAGCGAGAACACACAGAGCACCACCUUACUGAGUGAAGACAAUGGCCACAGUCAGAAAUACCAGAAGCUGCAAGAAGAAAACCAUAAUUUUGCAGUGAAAGGACAGUCUGGACAGCUUCAUAACGCUGUUACGGCUGAUGAGGUGCAGGAACUCGAAAAGGUUUUUUCAGCAAACGUCGUGCCAAUAAACUACCCACACAGCGCUCAGACUGCGCCGCACCACAGCCCAGGCCAGGAAUCCGCCCUGUCAGCUCAUGUCAACCAUGCAAACUCCUUUAAAAACAUACAUGAAUUUUCCUGUGGGACGGAAGAACAACAUGAGCUGGAGAAUACAGUCACUGUAGAUGGAAGCGUAGCCUUUGAGAUUACUGAUGAGAGCCAUGAUUUUUUGUCUCAGGGACACGAACAUAUUUUUAUUCAGACUUCGGACGGGCUUAUCCUGUCUCACCCAGACACGGCUGUUUUGUCUCAGGCAGAAGGCAUCGUCAUUGUCACCGAUUCCAACGGUACCACCAUGCACAUUCGCACACCCGAGGGGAUACCGCUGGAAACCGUGGAAGCGCUGCUGGCAAUGGAAGCGGACGGCCAAAGUGGAGACAUUUUGCUCUCGCAAAGUGAAUUGGAGCCAUAAAUUAGAAAACUGUCUAUGCUUUCUUCUGGAGAAGACCGACUCUAUAAAAUGUAUAUUUUUCUAAUGUGAAUACUGAAAUAAUUGAGAUUUAACUUAUUUGUAAACUGUUUCUAUGCCCUGUACUUUUUAUAACUUAUGUUUCUAUAAAUCUAGCAGCGUUGCAACCAAAAAUUCUAGACUUAACAGCGAUCUGUUUGCUUUCUAUGUUGGGGGCGGGUGGAAGGUGGAAAUCUGUCAACCCUAAAACUGUUGCACUAUUCCCUUUUGUGACAUAAUUCCUUUUCUCUCUAGCCAUCUCAAGAGGCAGUAAGUUGUACUGCUGUUCAGCAGUGAUGUGCUGUGUACUGGCAAGCUGUGUAUGGGUAAAAUAAAAACUGUA